AUGAGCACCAAAUGCCUCGCCGUCCUGCUCUUCCUGGUCGUCCAGUCUAUCCUGAGCAAGGUGUGCUGCAGUACGAUGUGCAACAACCCAUGUUGUCGCUUCGUGGAAACUUUCCCCGGCAGGCUCAGGAGGCUGCGACAAGAUUACGUGCAGAUCAGGGACUUUUACGAAGCAAAUGAUGACCUGGACACUGCGCUACUUGACCAAACUGUAGAGGACUCUUUCAGAACGCCGUUCGCCUGCCACGCCAUGAACAGCAUAUUGGAGUUUUACCUGGGGAUGGUUCUGCCCGCUGCGCUCAGCGAGAUGUCAGAGGAAACGCGGGAGUUGAAACCAUACGUGGAGUCCAUCCAGCUGAUAUUCGACGAGCUGAAGAGAAAUGUCGCCAAAUGUAGGAAAUACUUCGCCUGCCAGAAGCAGUUUGACAUCAUGAAAUUGAAUACGACGUAUAACCAAUUGGAGAACAAAGGUGUGUACAAGGCUAUGGGCGAGCUGGACGUACUCUUUAACUACAUCGAGAUAUACCUGGCUUCUAAACGCCAUAGGAACCACGCCGUGUCCUUGUAA